GUUGAAGCUGAGCAUUUCCUUGUCUGUAGACAUAUGCUGGACGAUUCCUCCAUGGACUUUACACGGUGAACUUGGACGAACCUACACAUUAAAUCUUGUUGACUUAACCCUCCUUCUCCCUAGUUCUCUUCGCUGCUUUACAUACACAGCGAUAUGCGUGUGGCAGUUAUUGGUGCCGGAGUCAUCGGCCUUUCAACGGCCCAAAGCAUAUAUGAGCAGUACCAUGACAAGGUCAGUCCACUGACCAUAGACGUGUACGCGGACCGAUUCACCCCCCUCACAACCAGUGAUGGAGCAGCUGGAUUCUGGCAGCCCUACCUCUACGACAAAGGCAAUCCAGACGAACUGAAGUGGAAUAAGGAGACCUUUGAUUAUCUGCUGGGCUGCCUGCGCUCUUCAGAUGCCAUCAAGAUGGGGAUCUUCCUCCAGUCUGGAUACAAUCUGUGUACCGAGUCAGCCCCAGAUCCUUCAUUUCGAGACAUUGUGCUUGGUUUUCGCCAGUUGUCAGAGCGGGAGUUGGAGAUGUUCCCUGGCUACACUCAUGGAUGGUUUAACACUGCACUUAUGAUUGAAGGAAAGAGCUACUUACCAUGGCUCAUGGAAUGGUUGAUACAGAGAGGUGUUAAAUUUCAUGACAGGAAGAUUAAUUCAUUUGAGGAGUUGGCUGACGAUGGAGCUCAGGUCAUCAUUAACUGUUCGGGGGUGCGAUCUGGAGAUCUUCAGCCGGAUCCAGAGCUUCUACCAGGACGAGGGCAGAUCGUGAAGGUGGAUGCCCCUUGGAUAAAACAUUGGAUUCUCACACACAACUUCUCAAAGGGCACUUACAACUCACCUUACAUAAUACCUGGGAGCCGCCUGGUGACCGUUGGAGGAGUGUUUCAACUGGGGAACUGGAGUGAGAUGAACAGCUCUGGCGAUCACAAGAAGAUCUGGGAGGAAGCCUGUAAGCUGGAGCCCAGUCUUAUACAUGCACGACUCGUCGAGGACUGGUCCGGACUCAGGCCUGUACGCAGCAAAGUGCGAUUGGAGCGGGAGUCCAUUCAGUCUGGUCCGCGUACAAUGGAGGUGAUCCAUAACUAUGGACAUGGAGGCUUUGGGCUCACCAUACAUCGGGGCUGCGCUGAAGAGGCUGCCAGGCUCUUUGGAGAGAUCCUGAAGCUGAGACGAUGGGAGACGAAAUCCAAUCUCUGACCCAGCAGAUUAGUGUGGCACCAUGUUGUUGAUAGUUUACGCAGCAUUACUCUAAUGUGACGUCACCUGUAACUCUUGGACUUUAAUGGGACAACUUUUAGUGACAACAUGUAUGUAUUAAUGGCAACCAGCAAGUAGAGGUAAUAUUGUAAAAUGUUUAAGUCACAAAUGUAUAAUGGGACAACUCACCUGUAUCUCCUAAUGGGACAACUUUUAGUGAUAACAUACAGUAAAUAUAUUACUGUCAACUAGCAAGUAGAAGUAAUAUUAUAAAAGUUGCAAAAGAAAUUUGUAAGUCACAAAUGAAUCAAAUGGAUUACAUAGGUGUGCUAAUUAUUGUGUGUUUAUACAGAAAUUCUUUAUACAUGGAAAAUGUAUUUUUGAUCACAGAGAUCAAAGAAAGGACCGUAAAAAGGAUUAAAUGAACCUCAGCAAGAGAUAUGAAAAGUGGUGCCAUUUCAUGAAAAAAGGA